ACUUGUCAAAAAAAAUUUCAACUUUCAAGUCCGAAAACGUCAUGGUCGUGACAAGAUAUUGUUGGUGUUGUGCAGUUUUAUUUUAGUUUAGAAUAAAAUGUCAGGAUCCAAGAAAAUGACGCUGCGCGUGCAGUCGUCGGAAGGGACGGCGCGCGUGGAGCUGCAGCCGUCGGACGUGACGGCCGCGCUGUACGAGCGCGUGCACGAGGCGCUGCACCUCACCACGUUCGGGUUCGCGCUGCACCGCGACCGCGCGUGCCGCGAGGAGAUCGUGUCCAGCAAGUCGCGGCGGCUCAGCGACUACGGCCUGCAGCACGGAGACAUGCUCUACCUCAGCCCCGUCAACGGAGCUGUGCUCUUCGAUCAGCCUACUACCAGUGCAGAGGCAAAUAACAAACCAUUUGGGGAACCAGCAAUGGAGGCAGGCCCUUCUAAAGCUGCCCCCGCGCCUGUGGUUCCGAAGCCUGUCAUACAAGAAGAUGAGGUGGACCUGGAACUAUACAAGAGCUCUGGGAGCAUUCACAGACAAAGAGAUGACAAAUUAUGUCGCCACAACCUGAAGGGGCGCUGCGUGCACUGCUCCCCGCUGGAGCCGUGGGACGAGGGCUACCUGAAGGAGCACAACAUCAAGCACAUGUCUUUCCACGCCUACUUGCGCAAGAUCACCUCAGGACAAUUCAUAUCAUUAGAUGAAUUGUCCUUAAAGAUUAAACCAGGCUGCAAGGAGCACCCGCCGUGGCCGCGCGGCAUCUGCAGCGCGUGCCAGCCGGGCGCGGUGACGCUGAACCGGCAGCGCUACCGGCACGUGGACAACGUGCUGGUGGAACACGCGGCGCUGGUGGAGCGCUUCCUGUCGUACUGGCGCGCCACCGGCCACCAGCGCGUCGGCUUCCUCUACGGCCGCUACGAGAGGCACCCCGACGUGCCGCUGGGCAUCCGCGCGCGCGUGGCGGCGAUCUACGAGCCGCCGCAGUCGUCGUCGCGCGACCACGUGUCGCUGGAGCACGACGCGCACGCGCACGCGCUGGACGCGCUCGCGCAGCGCCUCGGGCUGCGGCGCGUCGGCUGGAUCUUCACCGACCUCGUGCCCGACGACGUCGCCAAGGGCACCGUCGCGCACAUACGCGGGGUGGACAGCCACUUCCUGUCUGCGCAGGAGUGCGUGAUGGCGGGCCACUUCCAGAACCAGCACCCGAACGCGUGCCGCCACGCCUCCAGCGGCUACUUCGGCUCCAAGUUCGUCACCGUCUGCGUCACCGGCGACAGCGCGCAGCAGGUGCACAUGGAAGGCUACCAGGUGUCGGGGCAGUGCCAGGCGCUGGUGCGCGACGGCGUGCUGCUGCCCACGCGCGACGCGCCCGACCUCGGCUACAUCCGCGACUCCGGCGACGCGCAGUACGUGCCCGACGUCUACUACAAGGAGCGCGACGCGUACGGCAACGAGGUGGGCGUGUCCGCGAAGCGCGUGCCCGUGGCGUACCUGCUGGUGGACGUGCCGUGCGGCGUCGCGGCGGACGGAGCGCCGGCCGCCUUCAGCGCCGCCGCCCGCUUCCCGCCCGCCAACCGCGCGCUGCACCACCACGUGCAGACGCUCACGGAGCUGCACAACCACAUACAGGCCGCGCCCAACUUUCUCGAGGCGAUGUCGGACCUGCACGUGCUUCUGUACCUAGCUACGAACGACGCCCUCCCCCUCUCGCUGGACGAGCUGUCCCCGCUGCUGGACGCGGUCCGCACGCAGGACCUGCAGGCCGCCCUCGCCUGGAGGGCCACGCCCUCGGCCGCCACGCUGGAGCAGCUGGCCAGGCCCGAGCACAACCAGCAGCCGCACUCUGCUGACAGCGCGGGCGUGUGGACGUGCCCGCUGUGCACGUUCCACAACGCGCGCGCGCGCGCCGCGUGCGAGAUGUGCGCCAUGCCCAGGAACAACGCGAUGUAAAGAGUUGGACGGGAGCUGAGCUCGUCGGCCGGGAUAGUGAAUCUAGCUUUACUUUAUUUUUGUAUCCGACGCUCGGCCGCGCCAGUUGACACCGACACCGCGGACCAGAGACGCUGCGAGGAUGUGACUUGAAGAAUAAAUCCUGUGAAGAGUAA